AAUUUUGAAGAUGUUAAAUUCUUUGAUCACUUGAUGGGUUGUCUCUCUGACAUAGACACAGCACUGGGUAUGUAUUAUGCAGCUGGAACCUCUAUAACACCUGCUGAGCUCAAUGAAGCUUGCAAAGCUGUCACUGGCCCAUCCGUCAGCAGUCAUCUUGUUGAUGUCCUUUUCACAAUUUUUGAUGAAAAUAAUGACGGUGAAUUAAUUAGAAAGGAGUUUGUACACGUGUUAAAAUCAAAGACUCAUGCAGUUUGCAAAAAUCAUGAGAAUUAGGACUAGCCAAACUAUUGAACUCAGUUGUGGCUUGCUCUGAAAAAGCAGUCGAAGACAAACUAGGGAUUGAAGCUUGAGUUGGUGCUAUGGUGUGGUCAAUCAAGUCAGGAUUAUGAACUAUUUUAUAUUAUAACAGAAAUAUCUUUUAGUGAUGGCAGGAUAUAGAAUAAUAUAUAAUUUAUUUUUUAUGUACUUAUUCUGUUUGAGUAGCAACAAUACAGAAACAUAUGAUUAUACU